AUGUUUCACGUAAUAAUUUUUAUCGGUUUUAUUCCAUUUUGUCUUUCGUGUCGUUGCAAUACUCUCGAACAUGCUCCAGUAUGUGCCUCAAACGGUAAAACUUACGAAAAUCCGUGUCUUUUCUCAUGUGCCACAAAAUCCUUUUCUGGAAUUCCGACACCUCACGUGACAAUUGUUCAUCACAAGGAAUGCUCCCUCCGAAGUGGAGACGCCUUGCCAUGCAAUUGUCCAACGUACUUCGAUCCUGUUUGUGGAGACGACUCUGAAACUUAUCCGAACAAAUGUCUUCUCAAAUGCGCUGAGAAAGGAAUCAAACACAAAGGUCAAUGUGGAUACCCGGAAUGUCGAUGUCCAGGUGAUGAAGAGAUUGUUUGUGGCAGCGACGGAAUUUUUUAUUUGAAUUCAUGCGUCUUGGAUUGUCAAAGACUCACGACAUACGGUAAACACUGGAAAUUGCAACAAGUUGAUGCUGAAGCCUGUUUGCGACAAACUAACGAAUAUAACGAGAAAAAGUUGUGA